CCCCUGUCUGGGCGACGGCGAGACCCCGUCUCCAAAAUAAUGAUAACAAUAACUACCAUUUUUUAGUACUAUGUGCUAGAUGCUUUUCAUGUGUUAUCUGAUUACUGCAGCCCUACAAGGUGCAGCCUGGCACCGUUUUAUUUCACUUAGAACUGAGAUUCGGAUAAAGUAAAUUUUUAAAGUAACUUUUCCAAGGCAAGAGGUAGUCAGAGGCUGAGGAAUGAUUCAAAUUUAAGUCCAGCGCCGAAGCACCGGCCCCGUGUAGUCUGCAGAGUUCCAGCCCCAUAGAGCCACAUGGAGGAUGUGAGUGACAAUCGCCAGAGACAAUCAACAAAUAGUUGAUGUAGAUUUCUUUAGUGAUGACUUGUUAGGGCCUGCUGGGAUUGUUCGAAAACCAGGGCUGAGAGUGGAAAGUGCAACUUCUGGGGACAAAAGGAGCAAACAGGGCAACUGAUACUGAGCAGUUUCCACAUUAGGAAGAUGCCCAGAGUUAAUUGUGACUGUCACAACACAGCCACCCCUUAACUCGACACACCAAAAUAAAGAGCCUCAGUUCAGCUUUAGAUCCUGAAUUUGGCUUCUUUGCAGGUUUAUACGAUGGUCUUAGUGUCAUGUGGGAUAAUUGUGAGGAUUUUGAUUGUAUUUAAUUCUCCAUGGAAAACCAGUACGGUUUGCUACUUUUUACGUGGCAGAGAAGGCUAAACUUUACCUCUGCCCAUCUUAGUUCAGAGUGACCCCUUUAACAAAUGAAAGGAUAACAAGAAAAAAGUUUAUUAAUGUGCAGAGUACACAUCACAAGGGAUAAACCUUCAUGAAAAGUAACUUGAAAUGGUGGCCUAGAACGACAUUUGUAUACCAUCUUCAACAAAGACCUAUAGAUUUGCAGAGAAAUGACAGAAAUGAGAGCAGUUUUAGGCUUCAAAGGGCAGGAAACUGGGAAGGUAGAUACAUAUUUGGAAACUAAUGGAGUAAGAAUUGUUUGCAGAUUCCUCUGGUCUGGUCUGGUAAGAGUCUAAAGUUAUCCCCAGUAAAGAAUUUAUAUCCUGUCUUUGGGCGGAAGAGGGGGAGGAUAGAGAGAGCUUUUCCUUCAUUUGCUGCCUCUUGUCUUCAGCUCAAAUUUGUUGUUGUUUUUAUAUCAAAGAGGCAUGUUUUGGGAUGACAUUGUGGUUUUCUUCAACACCGUUUAGGGAGUCAGAGGUAUUAAUAGGUGACCCUAUUACCACAUGUCUUUCUCCCUCAGUGUAUGAUAUAAUUUGUAAUCUUGGGUUUCAACUCAGAGAAAAUUGUGAUAUCAAUAGCAUUGUAACUCAGAAUGGUGAAGUAUGCUGGAAAACAAUCACAGACUGUGUGAGCUACACAGAGUCAGACCAGGGUCUGGAUUACUGGGGAAGUGUGAGGCUGCUGGGCCCUGUGUGUGAGGCUGUCCAUUCACAUUUCUUAUCUCUGACCAAGGGGCAAUUUGAAAUUCAAUAUGCACCGUGGUUCCAGUGGACAAGUUUUCCAGAGUUAUUUCCCGAAAUAUUUGAUGCCUUGGAAAGUCUACAAUCUCCUGCUAUUUCUCUUAGCUUAAUGAAACUGACGUCAUGUCUAGAACGAGCCUUGGGUGAUGUAUUUUUACUGAUUGGGAAGGAAUGCCCCUUUCUUUUAAGAGAUCUGCUUGCAUCUGAGGAGCUUGCUCAAGUCUUCGGGCAGUCUGUGAUGAAUGUGCUAAAAGUCUUCGUUGGCUCUCCGUGUGGUCUCAACCUGCGUAACAUCUUAUGGCAUGGGUUUGCGUCACCUGAAGAAAUUCCUCCAAAAUACUGUUCAAUGAUGAUACUGUUGACAGCAGGAUUGGGUCAGUUACUGAAGAGUUACCUUCAAAACACUAAACUUACAUUGGCACAUCGCUCUUUCAUAACUCUUACAAACCUCGAGGAUUUGAUUGUUUUUCCUGAUGUUACUUAUGAGGUGCUUUCCGUAUUAGAAGAAGUGAUGACGAAAUCUGCUUUUAUAUUAAAAAUCAUGUUACCAUAUUGGGAAGUUGCACUGGUCAAGUUCAAGUCACACAGAUUUGCUGACUGCGCCAUAUUGUUGCUGACACAACUAGAGACUGGACUUAGGAAUGUUUUUGCCACACUUAACAGAUGUCCAAAAAGACUCCUGACUGCUGAGUCAACAGCUGUUUAUACCACCUUUGAUGAAAUAUUGGCAAAGCACUUGAAUGAUGGUAAAAUCAAUCAGCUCCCUCUUUUCCUUGGAGAGCCUGCUAUGGAAUUUCUCUGGGAUUUCCUGAACCAUCAGGAGGGUCCCCGCAUAAGAGAUCAUUUAAGCCACGGGGAGAUCAACUUACAUGAAUUUUCAAAAGAAACAACUAAUCAGUUGCUUGCAUUUUCUGUUGUACUGUUACUCAGAUUCGUUGAUGAAGGUCUGCUAUCAGUUUUUAAGGAAAAAGCAGCAAUAGAAUUGUUGAUUAGUCUUGCAGAAGGCUAUAGUUCUCGCUGUCAUCCAGUUUUUCAGCUUAAAAAACAGGUGCUGAGCUGUGAGGAGAGCAUCAGGGUUUGGGCUCUGCUGCCUUUCCCCGAAGAACUCACUCGGGAAGCAGUCAGAUUAGAAGAUAAUUCUGAAACAAAUGCCUGCCACUAUUUAAUUACAAAAAUGACAGAUGAGCUGUAUCACCAUAUGCCUGAGAAUCAUUGUGUGUUAAAGGACUUGGAUCGUCUUCCUCCUGAGACGUGGCCCCAGCUGCUCCGUGAGCUCUGCAGCACACCUGUUCCCACCCUGUUCUGCCCCAGGAUUGUGCUGGAAGUGCUGGUUGUGCUCCGAAGCAUCGGCAGACAGUGCCACCGUGUGUCCAGCCAGGUCACCGUUGCCUCGGAGCUGAGACACAGGCAGUGGGUGGAAAGGACGCUGCGGUCUCGCCAGCGGCAGAACUACCUGCGUAUGUGGAGUAGUAUUAGACUACUGUCCCCUGUGCUCAGCCUGAUACUGUUACUCAUCGCGCUGGAGUUGGUCAACAUUCAUGCUGUUUGUGGGAAGAAUGUGCAUGAGUAUCAGCAGUACCUAAAGUUUGUAAAGUCGAUCUUGCAGUACACGGAGAACCUAGUGGCUUACACCAGUUACGAAAAGAACAAGUGGAAUGAAACUAUCAAUCUUACACAUACAGCUUUGUUGAAAAUUUGGACUUUUAGUGAGAAGAAACAAAUGUUAAUACAUUUAGCCAAGAAACCCACAAGUAAAGUACUCUUAUGAAAACUUGUAA